UCAGCUGCAGGUAGUCAAAUUUUGUUACAUUGAAUCAAGUCGUGGUCCCCAGAGUUGCGUGCGAAAAUUGAACGGCAAUGAAAAGUUUGAUAUUAUUGUUGGCAAGUGCGGUGGCAUUGAUAAAUGCAUCCAAUCCUAUUUGGACUCCAGAACGAUGUCCGGUGAAUGAAAAUCCGAAUUUCCCAACCCAUUUUGCACAUGAACAGGAUUGUUGUUUGUUCUACAAAUGCAGUGCGGGUUGGGCAUUUUUGAUGUCAUGUCCGACGAACCAGCACUUCUACCCUCCGCUGCAGCGAUGUGAAUUUCCUGGAACAGCUAAGUGUACGUUACCUCUGUCGUCUUGUACUGCGGGUGCUGCAACGACUACGACUACGAUUGCACCAACUCCAGCACCUGUUACAGUAACUCCGGCACCUGCUACAACAACCACUCCGGCACCCGUUAUUACAACACCAUCUACGACUACAUCUGCACCAACUCCUACGCCUGUUGCGGUUACAAGUACAACUAUUAUCCCAUCGGCACCCACCCCUAGCCCAACAGUACCAUCAGCACCAACUCCAUCGGCAACUCAAGCACCAACAACUGUGACCCCGGCAAUUACCACAACCCCAACCACAACCACUAUUGCUCCUACAACUACUGUAACCGUAACCACAGCAGCUCCACCAAUUACGACUGUUCCAACUGCUCCAGUUGAGACGACAACAGUUUCCAUCCCAGAGGCACCAACUCCAGCACCGGUUGCACCGACUCCAGCACCGGUUGCGCCGACUCCAGGUACAACUGGAACUGUUGCAGACACAACCGUCGCAGGACCCGAAGUGCCGACCGCUGAAACUGUAGGACCACCAACGGCUGAAACAGUAAUGGAAUCAUUCACGAAAAGCAUUGAUCCAGACUUCUAGGCCGAUGCCACGUUUCAACCAAUCAUCCAAUGCCUAAUAUGAACAGUAUUUACAGCAAAAAAAAAAUAAAUCGCAAUUGACGUUUUUGAAGACCGAAAAAUAUAUUCAUUAGCGUCAAUAAUCCGCAUUGACAUUGAAGCUCAAUUAAACUCAAUGAUAUAUCUAGUAUGGACUGUACAAUAAAACCCAUGGAGCUCUAUUGGGAUUACCAAUUAAACCGAUAAGAUAAAGUAUAAGGUGUCCACUUAAUUUAUAGCCCCCCAAAUUCUGUUUAAGUCGUAAAAUUGCCAUAGCUUGUGUACAUAUGGAAUAAAACAAUACGUUUGUAUCAA